AACAUUUGUAACUCCUCAGUAAAUAAAUAUUGGUGGGUUGGUUUAUAUAUAUAGAACCUCAGGAAUUACCUUUAGCUUAAUCAAUACACUAUGGCUCUUGUUCUGAAAAGGGUCAGUUGGAAAUAUUUUCUGCCUGGUUGUGUGAAGGCCAAGAAGCCACAUCCUUCUUCAUCGGUUCCGAGAGUUCAGGAUGAUUCCAAUCAAAUGUCUAUGCGGAGAUUGUCACUUUCUGAUGUGAGUAACACUGGCUCUCAGAUAUCGUUGAAUGAUUUGUCGAGCUCUCUGGUGGGAUCAAAUCUUCAUAUUUUUACUCACAAGGAGCUGGAAGUGAUGACGAAUAGUUUUUCCAAGAGCGAGUUUCUUGGAGAAGGAGGGUUUGGACAAGUUUAUAAAGGGUUUAUUGAUGAUAAUCUAAGGCCUGGCUUGAAGGCUCAGCCUGUUGCUGUUAAAGUCCUGGAUUUGAAUGGCUCGCAGGGGCAUAGGGAAUGGCUGGCUGAAGUAAUCUUUCUUGGACAAUUGAAGCAUCCUCAUCUGGUGAAUUUGAUUGGAUAUUGUUGUGAGGAUGAUCACAGGCUUCUGGUUUAUGAAUACAUGCCACUUGGAAACUUGGAGGAUAAACUGUUUAAAAAUUAUGCUGCAACAUUGCCCUGGUUAACAAGAAUAAAAAUUGCUCUAGGAGCUGCACAAUGUCUGGCUUUUCUCCAUGAAGAAGAAAAGCCAGUAAUAUACAGAGAUUUGAAAGCUUCAAACAUCUUACUGGAUACAGAUUACAGUUCCAAGCUCUCUGAUUUUGGAUUGGCAACAGACGGUCCGCAGGGUGAUGUUUCUCACAUUACAACAUGUGUCAUGGGCACAGAGGGCUAUGCAGCUCCCGAAUACAUAAAGACUGGUCACUUGACAGCUAUGUGUGAUGUGUAUAGUUUCGGAGUGGUGCUGUUGGAACUAUUAACCGGCAGGAAAUCUAUUGACAAGAACCGCCCAAGAAGAGAACAAGAUCUUGUGGAAUGGGCAAGACCAUUGUUGAAGGACUUUCGCAGGCUGGAGCAAAUAAUAGAUCCAAGACUAGAGGGUCAGUACUCAACUGAGGGAGUUAAGAAGGCUGCACUAUUGGCUUAUCAAUGCCUGAGCCAUCACCCCAGGUCCAGACCCACAAUGAGCACUGUGGUCAAGAAUUUGCAGCCUCUUUUGGAAUUGAAUGACAUCCGCAUGGGAUCCUUUGUCUGCACUGUUUCAAAUGAUGGCAACAUUACUUAUGUCCACAACAAUGCCCGAAACUACGAACAAAAGGAUGAGAAAAGGGAAGAAAUCGGCUGCCAUCGGCUUCGAAAAGGUCGCCGUCAACGUCGACGGAUUAGGCCAUCAAGGUCUAGAGAUGUAUAUUCUGAUACUGUUUUGUAUAAAGCUCUUGGAACAAGCUUAUACUCCCCCAGAACCUAAAGGCAAGGGGACAUAUAGAUUUUUUUUUUUUGGUUCUUUUGUUUUUUGGUUUGAGUGAUGUAAUCUUACAAUUGUUCUAUAUUGUUAAAAGGAGAAAAGGGUUAUUAAAAAAUUUUAAAUCAGCCUAAAUUGUG